AUGAGCAUUCUGGACGCUCUCACGUCCUUGGAAAGGCGCUUCUUGUAUGAAGCGUUAGAGCGCGCCGACGCUAAGCUGAGUCUUGAAGACGUGAAAGAGGAGCGACUGUGUGGGCAAGAGAAGAAUCAGAGUGAGGAGUCGUCGCAGCACCUGACGAUGCCACUUGUGGAAGGGAAAAACACGAAGAUUGUGCCCUCUGACGCGGUGGAACGCUGUUCGCAGCAUAUACGGCAUGAGAACGCACUGUGGGACGAGGUGGAACGCUCACUCGAAUUCCCCUUUGUGUAUCGGUCGGACAGAAACAAGGACCUUUGCCUAACGAUGCUGCGACGCAUCCCACAGUUUGAGUCUUUCCUUGAGGAGGAUUUGGUAGUAAUUGCCACACAGAUGGAGAUUGUGCGGGUGCGGGCUAACGUUCCACUGGCUGGAAGUAUGCCUUUCCCCCCAUGUUGUGCUUGCCUCUCCAAGCAGGCGAUGGCGUCCGCUUCCUCUUUUCCGUUCAAUGAAGUGGAAUGUCUUGCUCCGUUAUCGGUGUCGAUUUUUGGCGACACGGAGAAAGUCAUGUGCGAGCAUGUGCCCAGCACCAGCCGCGGUGUAAAUCGACAUGUAUUUGUGUUGCUGCGCGGUAAAAUCGCAUUACGGAUGCCGUCCAUAAAAACCUCCGUGGACCCCUUUGUUGAGCCAUACGAAGUGUUUGGCCUGCCAAUGACCGUGGCUGCACUACCAGAGGGGUCUUGGUACGUUGCAGCGGGUGAAUGCAUGCUUCUGUGUCUGGCGCGGGACACGGAGCUCGCAGUGGAUCGCCUUAUUGCCAACCUUGAAAAACAGCUACUUAAGGAGCAAGUUCUUUUUUUGCAGCGUCAACUUCGCGUGAAGGUAUUUACUCACUGGACAGCAGAGAAGUACGAGGCGGUGGCGCGGAUGCUUGUCCCACUACGCGCCUCCUGGAGGCAAAUGGUGGUGACCCAAGGGAUGGAGGCGGACGCAUUGUACUUCAUAAAGGAGGGUCAGUGUGUUGUUGUACGUGAUAUCCCCGUGCUCCACCAACAGCAGCAGAAGCGGGAGGGAGGGCCAAAACAGUUGCCGGCCUCCACAUAUGCAGAGGAUUACUCAUGGCCCCAGCGAAUCCCGAUAUGGGCCUUCCAAAGGUAA